AUGUUCUCUUUAUUCACCGUUGCAACUUUGCUAUGCUCUGUUGCUAGCAUCUUGGCUGCACCACAGGCCGGCACCCGCCAGUUUACAAUCAAAAUCGUCAACCAACUUGGCGAGGAUGUUCAAUUGAAACACGACCCCGAUAGAGGCCAGGCGAAGUUCUUAAAGACCGGUUCCACUACCCAAUUUGCUGUGCCGUAUGGAUGGCAUGGAAAUGUUGCCUUGUUGCAAAGUGGUGCUGGCCACGCUUUCUUGGGCGACGAGAGUCUGAUCGAGGGCUCCUUUGUCCCGCAAGCGGGCAUCCCCGUCCCCAUGUUUGAUAUCGAUGUCUCCUAUGUGACCGGGUUCAGUGUCCCCGUCACUUGCAGUUGUGAGAACCGCGUGGUCACUGGCUGCAGCCAGAACCUCUACAGUUUGCACAACUGCCCCAACAACAACGGAAAGGGAUCCUGCAAAAACCCUAACCGUGAUACCAUGGGAGGGGCGACAGACUUCUUCAAACCCUGUCAGCAUAUGGCUUACACCUAUCCCGAUGAUCACGCAGCCAACGCAAACGGCCUUUGCAAGAGCGGUGCGGUCACUUGCUGCAUUGGCACGAGCUGCGCUCCUCACCCGACCCAGUAG